AUUUAUUAUGCUUUUUCAUGUCAUCGAUUUUAUUUUCCGCUUAAUCCCUAGAGAUUUCUGUCCUGUUAUUUAUUUAUUCUUGCGUAAUCGGUUUUGAUUCUAUUGUUCUAUUGUCAAUUGUUUUGAUUAUUUGAUAUAUAUUUUUGAUUCUGAUUUGUUGUUUAGUUGAUAUGUGGUGCCUUAGGUUCGCCGUGUUUGAAUGUAUAUUUGAAUUUUUUGUUAUAGAUUUGAUGUUUUUGUUUACCAAUCAAAUGUUGCUAGAGUUGGAAGACUGUUAUUGAGUUUGAGUUUUAUCUGGAGUUUUGAUCGAAAUUUAGCUUCUGCUGCUGCUGAUGAUACUGUAAUGAUUGUUGUAAUUAUAUUUAAGAUCGAAAUUUACCUUUUUUUACUGCAUUAGUUUUCCUCGGAUAUUGCUCAUUGUAUCAGUAUCCAUGAAGUUGAUGCUAAACAAUUUAAAGAGAAUUUGAAUUUUAUUGUGAAUUUGCUGUAUGAGUGGCGGGUUUCACAGUUUAAUCUGUGGUUUGGUUUUGUUUUAUUUUUAUCAAACAUGAUUUUUAGGGAAGAAUAGUUUAUUGAGUUAAUAAUUGGCUUUGUGACUUUUCUCCAAUUUUUAAGGUGAUUCAGGCGGAAGUCUAUGAUGCAUAUUGUGUAUGAUUAGUGUAAAUGUUUUUGACAUGUGUUUUGUGGUAUUCCCAGUUUUUGUUAACGGAAAUCAUGAGUGAUGAAGGAGAAAGGACUUGUCCUCUCUGCGCCGAAGAGAUGGAUUUGACGGAUCAGCAGUUGAAACCUUGUCGAUGUGGUUAUGAGAUCUGUGUAUGGUGUUGGCACCACAUAAUGGACAUGGCCGAGAAGGAUGAUACUGAUGGGCGAUGCCCUGCUUGUCGUUCUCCUUAUGACAAGGAAAAGAUUGUUGGGACGGCGUCAAAGUGUGAAAGAUUGCUGAAUGAAAUUAAUAUGGAGAAAAAGGUGAAGAAUCAAAAAUCAAAAUCAAAAUCUGCUGAUGGACGGAAGCAGCUCAGUAGUGUGCGAGUGAUUCAGCGAAACCUUGUUUACAUAGUUGGAUUGCCUCUGGAUCUGGCAGAUGAAGAUCUUCUCCAGAAGCGAGAGUAUUUUGGUCAGUAUGGGAAGGUCUUAAAAGUGUCAAUGUCACGGACGGCAGCUGGUGUCAUUCAACAGUUUCCUAAUGAUACUUGCAGUGUAUAUAUUACUUAUUUAAAGGAAGAGGAAGCAAUUCGGUGUAUUCAAAAUGUACAUGGAUUUGUUUUGGAGGGUAAACCUUUAAGGGCUUGUUUUGGAACCACAAAAUAUUGUCAUGCAUGGCUCCGAAAUUCGCCUUGCAUCAACCCUGAUUGUCUAUAUCUGCACGAGGUUGGCUCUCAAGAAGAUAGCUUUACAAAAGAUGAAAUAAUAUCAGCUUACACUAGAAGUAGAGUUCAACAAAUCACUGGUGCCACAACUAAUAUGCAACGCCGGUCGGGGAAUGUAUUACCUCCUCCUCUGGAUGAUUGCACAGAUUAUUCGACAGAAAGGCCCAUUAUUAAUAGUGCUCCAACUAACUCUGUCUACACAGUGCGAAAUUCGCCUCCAAAUGGAAUCAAUGGGAAACAUGUACCUCUUCCCACUAGUACUGCAUGGGGUACACAGGCUACAAGUUGUCAGCCCCCUGUUGGAGGUCUAUCGCACCCAUCUGUUUUGUCCAAGCCAAAGCCUGAUACAGUUAACAGCACACUUGCCUUUUCUACUGCCGUUACGGGAACAAUUCAGGCUUCUGCAGCACAGGGUGAUGGUUCAAGAAGGCCGCCAUCAAGUGAUGGGAGUCAUAAUACAUUACCUAGGGUGAAAAGUGAAUUGCCAAAACCUAGUAAACAAUAUAAUAGCUUGGACAGUCUUACCAGUGCAGGUGAAAAAAUUUCAGCUUGUGCUGUUUCUCCUGCACCUGUCAAUUUGAAGAGUGAGCUGUCUUCUCGACCAUUAUCACGAGAUAAUGGUAGAGGCAAUUGUACUAUAACAAACACAUUAAAUUCUACUAACAUUACUGGACAUUCUUUUAACUCUGGUCCUGAGGAAGCAGUGCCUGCUACCAAUGAAGUGAUUCGGAAUUUGUCCAGUGAGUUCUCCUCAAUUAACAUUGGUAGAAGUUCCUCAAUUGAAAACUGUGGUAUAACCAAACCUAGUAACCGGCCAACUGAUGAUGUCAUGACUAAAUCUCCUCAAAUUCAAGAAGGAUCACAAUAUGAUGUUGAUAGAUUUAAAGACCCAAUAACAACAAAUGUGGUUGGUAAAACUUCCUCAUCAGAUAGUGGGAUUUUUAGUCCAAAGGAACAAUGUGGAGGGAUAUUGAACUCUCAAUCUCAAGUAGUAUCAGAUACAGCUGAUAUCGAAGAUGAUGUAGCAUCUUUUGAUAAUCAAAGACUCAAGGAUCCAGAAGUUUGUCGUUCUUAUUUGCCUAAGGCAACAAAUUUCCUUAAUGUAUCAAAACUUUCUAGCCCUUGUAUGCCAUAUGGCGAACCUUGUACUGCUGGAAAUGCUGGUUCUCUAUCUUCUGAAGAUAGAGUUCGGGAGGAAUCUAAUUUACAUUCGUCUAGCAUGUUAUGUAAUGGCUAUCCUGAGAAGUUGAUCCGCGGAACCUCUAACGGCUUUCUUCAUGAUGAAAGAAACAGGCAAAGCAUUGGACGGUUGGUUGGUGAUGCCGUUGAUACUGGGUGUGAUGAGUCAAUUGAUAAGGGGGAAAGUAGUAUAAUCUCAAAUAUUCUGUCCAUUGAUUUUGAUCCAUGGGAUGACUCCCUAGCAUCACCCCAUAAUAUAGUGAAGCUGUUGAGUGAAAAUACUGAUAGCCAGCCCGCUCCUUUAAAAAAAUCUAGUUCUUGGAAAGUUCAAAAUAAUAACCAAUCAAGGUUCUCUUUUGCAAGACAGGAAGAAUCUGAAAUUCAAACUUUUGAUGUGCAUCCGUCUUAUGCUUUCAACCAGCAACAGUCUAAGAGCCACACACUCAAUCAGAAUCUGGCAGAAAGAGACUUUUAUAUGGAAAAGUUGGGCAUUGCAAAUGGCUUUCCUACCAGUAAUUUUGAGGAAGCUGAAAAUAUAAGCAGUGCUCAUUCAACUGCUUCUUCCAAUAAGCUUUCUGCUAUUUCAAGAGCACAAGUUUCAGCUCCGCCAGGUUUUUCAAUUCCAAGCAGGCUGCCGCCUCCUGGUUUUUCUUCACAUGAGAGAUCAGAGCAGACUUUUGACUCCCUAUCUGGGAAUUCCUUACUUGAUCAUUCUUCUUUUUUGAGAAAUUCACAUCAGACACACUCAGCUGGAAAUAUUGGUGGCACAGGCGACAUUGAAUUUAUGGAUCCAGCUAUUUUGGCAGUUGUUGGCAAGGGGAGACUUCAAGGUGCGCAGAACAGCCAAUCAUUGGACAUGCGUUCAAAUUUCAAUCCACAAUUAAAUAAUUACUUCGACAAUGAAGCCAGACUACAGUUCCUGAUGCAAAGAUCUCUCACUCAGCAGCAAAACAGGUUUCCUGAAAUUGGGAAUACUUAUUCUCAACUUGGUGAUUCAUAUGGUAUUUCUUCUAGGUUAGAUCAAUCUCAAGUCAGUAACCUAGCCCCUUUCCCUCAGCUGUCUAUGCAGCAGUCUACAAAUGCAGUCUUUUCUAAUGGCCAAUGGAAUGGGUGGAAUGAGAUGCAGAGUGGGAAUGGUCUGGGGGUUGCCGAACUUUUGAGGAACGAAAGACUUGGAUUUAACAAGUUUUACCCAGGAUUUGAUGAUUCAAAAUAUCGGAUGCCAAAUUCUGGGGAUAUCUACAACAGAACUUUUGGCAUGUGACUAUUUGGUUGCUAUGAUGUUGGGUGCCUUUCGGAAAUGGUCAAAGGUCAAACCAUGCAGAAAUGGACAAACAAUUUUUAUUUGCGUAGCUGUGGACGGUGGAACUCACUCAUGACUGGUAUAUUGUGCUACCAAAUGAUGAUCCCAGGAAGUGUAAUUUAUGGCUGCAGUUGGUAAUUAGUAAACUACCAAUAUUUUCUUGGUUUAAUUGGCUGAUAUGGCAUUGCACAUUUUGCAUGCACAUAAGAGUCCUAACCUACCCAGUGCCUAAACGAGAAUGGAAAAACUGUUACAUUUUAAAAUUGUUUUUGUACUGGGUUUCAUAUCUUUGAUAUGUUGAAAAAAAUGAAAUUGCUGUUCCCUUUUCUUAAA